AUGCCAACCUCCUAUGAAAUUGAAAAUAACGACUUUAUAAGUCUUGAUAUUCUAUUAAAAUUUGCUAAGAUGGAUUGUAAAAAUAUAAAUAAACAACUUAAAGUGAUAUACUUACCUAUGAGUAAGUAUAGAUAUAUAGAUAAAGACAAUAAACUAGAAAUAAUAUAUGAAAAUAAGGAUUAUAAGUUUGUAAGUAAAUCAGAACGUAUUCCAGUAAAGUAUCCAACACAUAUUUAUUUUAUUAAAAUCUGUUGUAAAAGACACUUUAGUCAAAUUGAUCACAAUAUAAUUAUAACAAACAAAUACACAAAUACAAAAUAUAAAGUUAAUAUGAAAGAAGAAUAUUUAAAGAGAAAAUAA